CGCGUCCUGUUGAAUCUCUCGAAAAAAAACGCCGGCUCUUGAAUUCGCCGGUUGCAUUGGUCUAAAACUAUUUAAUUACAUACAAUAAUCAGUAAUACGCGAUCGGAGAGUGAAUAGUGUCGAAUAAUUGAGUAGAAAAUGUGAAAAUCGAAAUGCUUCCGAGGAUGCGCAGUGAGAGAAGAAAGGAUCGAGGAUCCAUUACUCAAUCAAUUGUUGUGAGUGUCCAGUGGUGUUGAAACGAAUAAAAAGACGAGAAUAAAUCGAAAAAAUGAGGAACAAUCGAUAAAAUACGAGUGUUGAGAGUCGAUGGAGUGGAAAGGGAAAUGAAAACAAUGGAAAUUCGUGGAAAUCUAGUUGUUUCGGACCGGGCUGGUUCGGACCUCGAGGGCUAAAUCGAAAUGUACACAAUAACAGUCGCUCGUCAUCGAUUAUAUCAGUGAAAUCGUACGAAAAUAUUCAGUCUAAUACGGUAAUUCGUACAUCACGGAAUAUUUAUACGUGAAUUCGUGAAAAUUGGGGGUUCGGAGGACUAGAACAAAGACUCAGUCAUGGGUGUAGCCAUGGUAAAGUGAAUAAAUUGAUGGAUAUAAAUGUUAAAAAUUAUAAAUACAUUGAAUCAUUGAAAUUGUAUGAGAAUAUUCAAUUCAAUGAGGUAUUGUGUACACCAGUGAAUAUUUACACGUGAACUUGGGGGGUCGAAGGACUACAACAAAGAGUUCGUCGAGUGUUGUGAAUGUCUAGUGGUGAUAAAGUGAAUAAACAAAUGGACAUAUCAGUGUAGAGUCUUGGUGAAGGUGAAGUGAAUAAGUGAAUAAUGUGAAGUGUGCUAAAGUGGAAGUGCUAGUGUCGAAAAUUGCAGUUUUAUUUGGAACAUUUUAUUGUGGUGCUGUGCUUUUUCAUGGAGAAGGGUCAGCGUUCCUUCCAGAAUGGCGAGAGCGAGAAUCUACAUCAGCACCAGCAGAGAUUGAUGGGCGUGUGAUUAAUUGAGCUAACGAUUGAACGAUUGAACGAUUGAACGAUUGAACGAUUAAAUCAACAUGAGAAAUUCAACUUUACUCAAAUGGGCCCAAAACUCAACGAAUAAUAAGAAUCAACCCAGUAAAAAUGGAGGAACAAACAAAAAUUGGAUUCACCCACCAGACGCACUCCAGAAGGGCCACAUCGCGUACCUAGUCAAGUAUUUGGGGAGCACUGAGGUCGAUCAACCCAAGGGAAUUGAAGUCGUCAAAGAAGCUAUUUGCAAGCUCAAAUUUAAUCAGCAAUUGAAAAAGAGCGAGGGAUCUAAAAUUCCCAAAGUUGAGCUAACUAUCAGCAUCGAUGGAGUGGCAAUUCAAGAGCCCAAAACCAAGACUACUCCAAAGCGAAUUAUGCAUCAAUAUCCACUCCAUCGUAUUUCGUACUGUGCCGAUGACAAAGGUGAAAAGCGAUUCUUCAGUUUUAUCGCGAAAGAAGAGAACGCCGAGCGUCACACGUGUUUCGUAUUCGUGAGUGAUAAAUUGGCUGAGGAAAUAACGCUGACGAUUGGUCAGGCCUUUGGUCUGGCAUACCGUCGAUUCCUGGAGACAUCAGGAAAAGAUCUGGAGACCCAGAGACGGUGUAUGGUACUCCAGCAGAAGAUUCGUCGAUUAGAGCAAGAGAAUAAUACAUACAGACAGAGAUUGCAGGAUAUUUGUGCCAUCAAGGGAUCAGCAGAUGUCCAAUCGUAUUUGGCUCAUCACAAUCUACCGGACAUUCUUCAUGUGUCAGUGAGUUCAGAAUCACCACCAGAGGGUGGAGCAAGGCUAAAUGGCAAUGCCAAAUUAGGAAAGAGUGAUACCAAUGGCAAUACGUCGAAUGGUGGACAACAGCCACCACCCGUGCCACCCAGGAGCUUUGACAAAAGUUUUGAUGAUGAUUUUAUGGAUAAACAGGUGCCAACGCCGGUCGUUGGUACUAAACUCGAGGGAUUACUUAUGGAUGAAUUUGAAGAGGAGGAGGAGGACUUCAAUCCUCGUGCUUAUGAAACAGCUAGUAAUGGAUUCAGUCUUAAUAGCUGUUCAAUUGCUAAUGGUGAGGCAACUAGUCCAUUUGCAUCGACUAAUGGCACAUCAACGUCACCACCACUUUUGGCACCACCACCCAAGGCUAAGGACUCGAGACGUCAGAAUGGCGUGAAGGAGGAUCUUUUUGGCAGUGUACCCUUCAAUCCACCAGCUCCAAGCUCAGCCAGUGAUUUUAAUGAUCCUUUUGAAAUGGGGGAAUUCGCUAAUCUCUCUAUGUCAACCACCACCAGUCAGCAGGAUCUUGAGAAUGCCAUUGGGCUGCUUGAUAAAAGGCUUCUGGAAAUGAAGGAUGGAUUCAGUCGAGGAUUGACUAUGGGAACUGAUGACUUCUCCCUGGAGAGUCUUGAUCCUCUGAGAAAUUGAAUAUUAUACUUGCAGUCCACAACCUAAACAGAUCAAAUGAAAUUCGUUAAUCGUCGGACGAUUUUCUGUCCUGCUAGCCAAAACAGAUAUCAACGUCCACAGAGACCAAAAUUAGUCAAUUAAUGUGUUAUUUAUAUAACGGUGAUGUUUAUCGAUAUUCUGUAGAUUAAGAGAUAGUGGUAGUGCAUUAUUUACUCGUACGCUAUGAAGACUAAAAACAUUGUUCUCUCACUUGAUGAAGAAUAUGGCUCGGUAUUUUGACGGCCAUUUUAUCCUCGAAUUCGAUAGACACUGGGUAAUCAUUGGGAUUGUGAGACAAAUUCAAUCCAUCAUUUAUUUUUAUUUUUCUGUAAAUAUCUUGAAAAUUGAGGGAUUUAUCGAAAUUUUUCACACCUUGAUUUUCGUUUUAAUCGUUUUUUUUUUGUACAUUAAAAUGGUCAUUUUAUUGAGAUCAGAUGAAUUUUCUCACCUGUCUAUUCAUUUUGUAUUCUUUAUUCACAUCAACUAAUGAAAAACUUACCAGAUAGAUACUCAUAGAGCUGAAAUGAGCAAAUCGGUAAUUAACUCGAGUCGAGAUGAAACAAUGAAUUAUAAUUAAUGGGUAUCUACUCUUUGAGUCCCAGUAAAUACGAUAAUUAUCAUUCAUUAUUAUAAUUAUUUUUGUAUUAACUUUAAUUGAUUAUGUGGUAUGUAGUGAAUGCUUGAAAUGCCAACAGAUACAUUGAAUCGUUGAAAUAAUUAUUGUUAUAGCUUGA